UUUUGCGUGCGUGAUGCACGCAUCUUUUCAACACUUAUUUAUGUACCAUUUUUUGACAAAAAGUGACUAAAUAGGCAAAAUGAAUCCCUCUGGCAAUUCCACUGCAUUGUCGGCGGACCUUAACAACUUUAUUUAUGGUGUAUCACGAAGGAACUUCCAGAAUGCUUUGGAGCUUACUAAAAUCGGUAUUAGCCUGUUGAAGACGUUUCCUGCGGCUAGGGAUGCUGUCCUCGAAUAUUUCGCGAUGGUUUUUCAUAGUGCGGUCAACGUUUCUAUCAACCCAACCGACUAUGAGAAUGACCCUAAUACAAACGGAGCGCUGGAAAGUGUGAACAUGAUUGGACCCGAGCUCUGUAGUCUUGGAGAAGCCUGGGCUCCCUUUGUUGCGCCAUGGUGCAUCAAUCUAAUUAUGGAUAUAGCUACACAGAAAGAAAAUGUCCCAAAUGGAACCCUCCAGACAACUGAACCAAUAAGGAUUCUGCUGGAUAUCACAGCACAAAACCUGACAUUACUAGACACUGACAUGAGAGCCAAGUGCAUAGAUAUGAUGCUUGGCUGCCGUGCGUGCUCCUGGGCAGUCGGUUGGAUCGGUCGCGCUGAACCUGCUCUGGUGGCGCCGAGAGCGCUAGCGUUGGGCGCCGACGCCGUACUAGCGCAUUUAGCGAACCAUCCCCCCGCGUUACUGCACGUGCGACGGGCGCUGCUCGACUUAUUCCAGGAAGCCAUAUCGUUAAAAGGAGACUCGGAAAAGCAGCGAGACGUGAUCCCGUACCUGUUAAACUUGGCCGCCAAGUCCGACAUCGUGCUCAAAGCUAUCACACAAGACAUCAAGCAGACGUUGACAGACGAGGUGAUCCAACGUCUAUGGGUGGUAUGGACCCACCAACGCAACACAGCCGCGUGGGAAGGCGUGGGGCCUGAGUCGCUAGUGGCUCUACUCGUGCGCGCGACCGUGCAGUGCACUCUACUUCUACUCCACCACCCAGUGUGCCGGCAGUUACUUGAGUACCUCCUACAGAAGUUAGAACUAUCCGGUCUACUCCCAGACGCGGACUUUCCUCUCCUGACCAGUGCCGCUGAAGAGGCCCCGAUGCUCAGGGAGAGACUGCUGGUCGGAGACCAGCUGGAGCAGUAUACUAUAGCCCGGCUGCUUAUACUUGUCAGUUGCCGUCUCCCCUCCGAAUACGUCAACACGCUAAGCUACCUCCUCCAAUACUCUCGCACCGACACAACCCUAGCGCUCUUCGUACGCAUAAUGUCCGGAACUAUGACCAUGCACAUCCCUAAUGACACCUCAGAACGCGCGUUAGGCUCCGCCGAAAGAUACCAAGAACAUAUACAAACGGCCGUCGGAAAUGCGCUGAGGAAUUCUAUGCAGUCAGAUACUCAGAUAAAGAAGAGUUUUGUGCAAGGAAAGGUGCCGGCCGAUCAGAAGACUUAUUUACAUCAUUAUUGUUUGAAUAUCGUCAAAUUGUUGCGAUGGGAGAACUCAAACCGCGUACCGCACCUCCGCACGCGUCCCAUAGGCCGAGCGGUCGAAGCGAACCUCUGUCGCUUCGGUACGGCGCUACAAGACACCGCUUCACUGCUGCGCAUCUCCGUUGAGUGCACCAUGUCUUCCCUGCCUGAGAUGCCUGCCUGCCACGCCUUGGCUGAGGUAUUGGACAGGAUAGACCUGACGGGGACGAAGGGAUUGCCGCCGAGCGUAGAAGCCAUUCUGAAGGUCGUCAAAGCUACGGUUCUGUAUUUCUUCCGGUGUCUACAUGAAGAAGACAUCCUAACAAAGCUCCGCGGUGUGCAGUCCGCGAGUCGACUUCUUCGCAAGUUGUGUCUGCACAGCAAGCUAGCUCGCGCCGCCGCUCUAAGGGACCUACUCGAAACAGCCAUGUUUAGAGAGGAGGCAGCUUUUGGGAGUAAAAGCUUCGUGAAUAAUACUGUCGUGCCGGCUAGGGACUGGCAGCCAGAGGAAUUACUGCUGCAGAUGAAUCAGAAACAUGGCCCAAUAACGCAGCUGACUCAGAGCCACACUUCAGUUUUCCACGCUGGUAUCAUCGGUUCAGGAAUCCGGAAGCAGAACCUCUACGAAUCCAAGAAGGACAUUCCUCCCAUCCUGACUACAAACAACGAGCUUCUGAUGGGCGCCCUUAUGUCUUGUAUGGAUGGCAACAACGGGGUGGUGGAAGGUUGCACCUCAGUGGCGUUGCUAUUGGUAGAGUUGGUCUCACCUGACGUCAUGUAUAAUGGACUGCCUUGGCCGGACGAAGACUUUACUAAGCAAGUAAGCAUAGAGCGAGAGCUAUACAUGCGUUCAGCGUUAGAAAGCAGUGCUGUGGCCCGCGCGGCGUUACGGCGCUGCGCCGGCGCGCGUCCUUCAUUAUGUCUCGCGUCUGCACUGCUGCGUGCCGCCGCCGCUACCGCAGCGCCAUUGCACCGCUUGGCCACACAGCAAGCAGACUCGCAAUCACCCGAGAUAAUCCGCGAGAAGACCGCUCUGAAAGAACUUCUGGAAACCAUGACUUUGGGACAGUUACUGCCACAUCCACUCAGCCAUAUGAUCGAGAUGGUGCCCAACCUCUCCGCUAUCGAGAUCGUGCAAGUGUUACGGGAUUGCCUGUGGAGCUACACGCGAGACAACGUGCCUUCUCCGGCCUUGUUCAUCGGUGAUGUCACAGGUCUGCACUGGCGCGACCCGGCCACCUGCCAGCCCGCGCCCGCCUACACGGACACGCUGCGCGCCAUCCUGCAGCACGGCGUGCGCACGCACGGCCGCCUCUACCCGCUCAUGUUCAUGGACCUCGACAAGCCCGAGGGAGACACUGAAGGGGAACUGAGUAUAGACCUGGAUGCGGAAGCUAUGGACGUGCCUGCGGAACCGGCACCACAAACUUCAACAGCUGCUGCGACUUAUUAAAAACGCUAAGAGUUCAGAAUGCAAGUUUCAUUGCAAUAUGCUUUAUGAUCAUGUAUAUAAUAGUUAUAAGUUUAAUAAAAAUAUGGAAAAUU